UUUUUAUGCAUAAUUUACCUCAUUCAUGAAAUUAUGUUCAGAAUAUUUGGCAUGUUAAAGUUGAUUGAGAAAGAAACUACAAACUUACAGGUGAAAUUUUUUUUAAAGUCUUCAAUUUUAGAGUGUGAGCGGAGAAGCUGGUUCCUGUGUGUUUCAGGGACUGAACACAGUACGUAUUAAAUGUGUGCCAGUGUCUAGUAAGAAAGAACAGACAGCAUGGCAACCAGAGAAAGAAACUGUACCCUACGUGCUUUGUGUCAUCCAUGGGAGUAAUCAGAAAACAUUCUUAUUCAGGCAAAGAAAGCAAGCAAGCACCUCCCUCUCCUCCCACCCCGACCCCAAGGGAAAGAUAGAGAGAAGCAUGUAUGAAGAUGAAGGGACGCUCAUUUAGUAAAGUCUAAUGGCAGUGAGUCUAAUGACUCUUGGAUUUGGAGCUUCUGCCUCAACACUACAUUUUCUGUGGACUCCUCUGCCUCUGAAACAUGAACCAGGGCCCAAACUGAAACAACUUUCUCUGUGUUUUCACAUGUGCACUUAUUUGUUGGAUGUGUUUUUAAACACGAACUACUUUCUCUUAUAUUACAUAGAAUCUAAUGGUGGAGAAAUCUACAGUCAUGAUGCUGGAGGGAGAUGCUUGGCAGAGUCCCAGGCCACAUUCCUAGACCAAAGGCUCCAAGGUGUUCUCUCUUAUGCAACACUGGGAAAGUACACCCAGCACGGAGUGUUGGCUGAUGAUGUGUCUGAAGGCACAGACGAUAUGCUUAUCACAUCAAAGCAUAAAGCCAACAGGCACUGCAGGCAUUCUGCUGCUAGAUAGAAGUUGGAUCAUUUACAUUUAUUUAAUGGGAAAUACUGUGAUUACUUGUGUAUAUGUGUGAAUUAUAUGUUUAUGUGUGUUCGUGUGUGGAUGUAUGUGCACAUAUUUCUGUGAAGACAUCAGAGGAAAACUUGGGUUUUCAUUUCUUAGUGAUGUCAUUUACCUUGUUAUUUGAGACAGGGUGUCUCCUUGAUCUGGAGCCCACCAAGUACAUUAGGCUUGCUGGCCACUCAACUCCGGGCAUACCCCAGUCUUCAAUGCCCCAGUGCUAGAACCACAAAUACAUGCCAUUGCACUUUGUGUGUAGGGUGUGAGUACAGAACUUUGGCCCUUGUGAUUUUUGAGGCAAGUGCUUUACAACUGAGCUAUUGCCCCAGCCCUUGUGGAAUUUAAAAAUCCAGCAGAACAAAAUAGGGAGCUAGGGGUGUGGACUUGGAGGCUGACUUAUCAACAGAUGACAGGAAGGGAAAACUUGGGUGUUUUAAGUAAUUGCAGAUUCAGUGUAAGCCCAUGGUAUAACAGGAGCUGUUUAUGGAGCUACUGCAAGUCUGGGCCAGGCUUAUAGAAGUAUAAUGCACAAAUGAAGAAACAAAUCAUUUGUUUACUUAAUUUUGAAGUCAGAAGGUGAUUUUGCUCAAAUAUACGGUGUUAUUAAUAUGUAUGUUAUGUUCCUGGGCCAUGCCUUUAUAAUCACUUAAGUACAGCACAUUUGGCAUUACCAACUUAGAAAUAGUUAGCUAACAUGCAAGGAAGCAAACUUUCACAUAAUUGUUUUGUGAAUCUCAGAAAGAAGAGGUGGGGUACCCAUAGGAUUAGUAAAUGGCAAACAGAUUGGCCUUCUAUGUAGUACCAAAACUAUUGUCUAGUUACUUCUUAAUCUGCUCUUUGAAACAAAAUUGGAAAGACAAAUGUGUCAAUUAGCCUUUAAGUUCAUGUUGUAAAACCUAGAAAGCAUAAUAUUGUGCCAUACACCAUUUUUUCUUAAUAAAACCAUACACAGAGCACAUAUGUGUAUGUGCAUGCAUGUGUGCCUGUGUGUGUAAAAUAAGCAACUCUGGUCUAGUUAGAGAACAGGCAAGCAGCAUGCUAUCUCUGCCCCUCAAUCUCAACUAUACCCCUCCUAGAGAUCCCUUGAAACUCCACUCCAUAAAACCUCCUCAGUAAGCAAAUUGCUCUCAAUCAGAAGUCAGUAGGUAGAGGUCCAUAGCAGAGUAAUGCUGGAGUAAUACUUGUUUCUUGUGAAGGCAUCAAUCCUCUAACAUGUUUCUGUGCCAAUUUUUUUGUGUUGAGACUUCCUUCUGCCUCCCAGUUAAGAGUAUUCUGAAAACAGUAACUAGAAAGGUAGAUUUCCUUUAAAAAAAAAAAAUGUGCAAAAUUUCCCAUUUUAGAACUUUGGAAAUCAUAGUUUAUAAUGGAAGAAAAGCAACAACUAAGCAUGUAUUCAUCAUUAACAUGUAUAAUUAGCAUUAAUAUUUAUUUCAAAAUGUUCUCCCUGAAUUUACUGAAUAUUUCGUUUUCUUCACCUUUCCUUUUUUCUACUACAGAUUAAACCCAGAGUUUAAUCUUGCGCACACUAAGUAAAUGUCCCCACUGGGUUACACAUCUAGCCUACCUCCUUCUUUAUGGUCUUCACGUUCAUGGUAAUGAUUUUCUUAUAGUACAAUAGUAUUGUAAACAAAAACAAAGUGGGGAUAGACACAGGAAUUGGGGCACAUAUUUCGUAAAGCUGAAGGUUGGGGUAGGUGAACUAUUGGAGGUAGUAAAUUAGAACAUAAAGAGCACAGAUUCCCAAACCAAGUGAUUAUCAUAAAUGCCUUGUGAACUUUUAAGAAUACAGAUUUGAGGUCCUAGAAUCUAAAACUGAGCCUGGGUAUGUGCUGUGUUUAGCAAUUUGCACAGUUGUCUCAUCCAUACAGAAACGUUUGAGAUGUCCUGAACUAGAAGUCACAUAAACCUAAUAGCCUAUGAUUUAUCGGGACUAGUCAUUUACUUCAUUGCCCAAAUACCUAGAUUAGAACAUGACUAGAAGAGAUUUGCAGGCUUCCAAAUAACCAGACAUUCAGAGACUCUGACUGGUAGGCCUAUUAAAUGUUGUUCUGACUUGGAAGGAAUUUCCUAUCAGAGACUUCCAAAGAAGACCAAAAGACCAAAGUCCAUAUUCCUGAACCCAAGGAUGGAGUUCGUCUAACAUCUGUCAAGUCUGUGAUCCCAGCCAGUCACUUACUCUGUGCCUCAAACUCUUGAAAGGGUAGUGGGGGGUUAAAUGUGUUAAUAUGUGUAAAAUUUAGACUGGCACUUGCCAUUAUCACUGAGCUAUAUUCUUAUUACUUCCCAACUCCAGAAGAAUAUGUUUUAAUACCUUAUCAUCAAAACAGCAAAUGCCUCCCUAGCACACUUCACACCUAAAUGAGCUUUAACAGAAAGGACAAGAUCAGAAAUCUCCUACAAUUCUCCUAGUCUAUUGUUUACUUAUUACUUUCUCCUCACACAAUUAUACCAAUUCUUUAAGACCCAGCAGGAAUUCUGUUUCCACUAAAAAGACUCCUGUCCAUGAUAAGCCUACCCUAUCUGACUUGUUUUCUGCAUCUCCGAGCAUAGUGAUUAAUUGCAUAACCAUUAAAUCACUGUUGUGUAUCGUGUCUCUGUCAGAUUAGAUGUUAGGAGCUUUGGAGACGAUGCUCUAGUCUGAAAAGAUGAUUUAGAACAUCUAAGAGCAGUCCAUUUUCUUCAUAUCACAGAAAGAUUUCUGAAAUAGAACUUGUAUGAGGUAGCCCAUGCCUGGUACCUUUCCUGAGUCUAAUGAUUAAAUGUGAUUCCAACAUACCUCUUAUUUGCUCUUUGAUCUUGAAAAAGUUGUGUAAGUUCCGAGGUCUACAAGCGUGUUUAGAGAAGUCAUUUCCCCAUCCCUAUGUUGCUCAAGAGGCCUUGCUUCAAAAGAGCACUGUCUGAGGAAGAUUGCUCCUGCCAUAUAGCCAUCACAUCACUUUGGUUUAUAUGACUGGUGGGUCCCACUAUAUCUGUCUUCCAAGUCGCGUGGUGUGUGCGGUUCCCUCAUUUCAUUAGCGGGAGAUCCCCAAGUAUGUCGUACGAGUUAGCCAGCUUAAAUACAGCUGGAAGCAGAAUUAGACCCUGCUGGAACCAAGAACAUCACAUAGAGGCCCUGACUAAUCAAAAUAGAAGGGAGGGCUCUACUUGCUUUUACUGGGUUCUAAGUAGCUGGUUUCCCAUCCCAGCAUCUGGAUGUUGGUGCGGUGUGAGAGCACUGCUGGUGAACCCCAGGUUACAGCACCAACAUGUGGUUACCUCCAGCCUCUUGAAAUGUUUCACUCCAGGAAGGUGAGGAAAGCAACGCUUCAAUUUCCUUGAUUAGUUUAACAUUGUGGGGCAGUUUUGACCAUCCGUUUCAUGGUAAAUCUGCUUUCCAGAUGACUGUACAUAUGGAGAUGAGAAGGGUUUUUCUUGGAGGAGAGGUGCCUUUUAAAAGAAUGGUUUUUCAUUCAGUCUCUAAUUUUGGGUAAAUGGUCCUCUGGGGAACAUUUUCAGAAAUGUUUGAAGUUUCCAUCUGAUUUUGGAAGUAAGUUGGAAGCCACCUGUGUGAAGCAGGCACUUACUUGCUCCAAUAACGAUACUGUUCACAGAGUAAGGGCCAUCCUACUGGGGCUUACAUUCAACAUAGGUCUCAGGUUUAUAUCCAAAUCUGUGUCCUUAGAGUUUCCCCUAUAGCUGCCUGCCCAGUUUCCCUGCUAGACGUUACAGAAUGCAAAACACCAAGGAUAACCACACAUGGAGCCCUUUAACUACACGCCUUUCUCUUCAAGUCGUUCUCUGUCAGCUUGUUCUUGUUUUGUGUUCGUAUUCUUAUUCUUUCUUUGGGAAGCUCACUUUCUAACAGAAGGGUUAGUAUUCUGACUCGCGGUGUGUCACAGAGGUGAGGCACGGGUCCUUAAGUUUGUCCACCUAUGCAUUUGUUCAAUUCUCUGGUAAGAAAAAAAAAUGGUCAAAUGGCUACUUAAUGGGGUUAGUGUUAUAUGACGUGCUAGGGAAAGGAUCCAAACUCAUGUCUUUAGUUCCCAGGCUCCAGCCCUGCCCUUCUGCCCAUUUCUUCCAGGGAAAUGUACCAAAAGAUGAAAUAGAAAACUCACACUUCUGGGUACCACACCACAGCAGCGAGGAUAUGGGUCUUAAAAAAUGAAACCCCUGGGUUAAAUAUUUUUAAAACUUUCUUAUUCAAUGAGUUAAUUGAUUAUUUAGUCAAUUUUUUUUUUUUGAGGCAGAGCUCUAUGUAGCUUAGGCUGAACUUGAACUCACUGUGUAGCUCAGGAUAACCUUGAAUUCCUUGAUCUUCCUGCCUCUGCCUCCCAUAUACAAAGAUUACCAGCAUGUACCAUCUAGGCCUAGGGUUAAUUAAAAAUUUAUACUUAAUUUAUUUACAUUAUUCAAAUACCAAAAUAGUAUUAAAAAGAAGUUUAUACCAAGAAGUCUGCACCUACCCUCCACACGACACCUACAAUCCACUUUAGUAUAGAAUUAUUUGUUUUGAAAUCAUUAUUGUUUGCUUUAUAGAAAUAUAAGUAAGUAUGGCUGUCAUUAUCCCCCCCCCAUCUCUAAAGGAAAGGUGACGUAAUGUUCUGCACAUUGUUUUUGGUCACUUACAACUAUAUUUCAGAGACCUUUCCAUUCCAGCUUAUGGGGGACAGAGCAUGUUCUUCAUAGCUGCCUAUUUGACUUUAAGUAAUUACUGUGGUUCUAUUUUCCCAUAGUUGAAAGCUGCACUUCUUGGGUUAUACAUCUUGUUAUAAUUGAUAACCUUAUGUGUUAUAUAUAUGCAUACACGUGCAUGUGUAUAUAUGCAUGUUUGUACCUGUGCACCUGUCUCUACAUUUGUUCUUGGGAGUGGAACGGCUGUAUUGUAGUAGUAAAGUUCACUCACAAUUUUGAUAGUGAUUCCCUAAACUUUCCUAACCCAGGAUGCAACAGUUUAUACUCCCACUAACAGUGUAUGAGAACACCCAUCUCUCCAUAGAGUCACCUCCGGUGAGUUGGGGUCAGAUGAGACAUAGUAAUUUCCAAGUGAAUACUCAGUCUUUUAUUUUGCCCCUGAUUUUCAGUGAGACUGUGACACAGUGGGCAUAAUGUCUCACUGUGGACAUAGGCUUAUGACAACUCCAGUGCCACACACAGAAUGGGCCCAUGUUGCCGCUUGCAGAGUUCCCUGUAAUGGAAAGUUAGGCGUACAUUCAUUAUUCACCUGACUAGCAAGAUUGGCUCUAAAGAGCUCAAGUGAUUAUUGGAACAAAAAAGAAAAUUUUUCCACCGUGGUGUUUUAUAUCCCAGGCUUCCAAUCCAGUGCUCUCUUUUCUGUUACCAACCUCAUUUCCAGGACUGACUUCAAGAUAGACACCUCAAGGCACAGAGAAGUCUUGCUAAGAGUAUUCAUACCCAAGGAAUGCUCUUUUGAGGAAUGAUUCUGUGCUUCCCCCAAAGUUUGUAAUUAAAUAAUUAGCACCUUCUGUGGUAAAUGAAAAUUCCAGAGCACAUAAACGCUGAACUGUGGUUCACUCUCAGUACACUUUGUCCUCGGUGUUGCCAGGCAGCCUCCUGCAGUAUGCAAAUAGGGAAUCAUGUGAAAGCAGCAUGAUUUAUGACCUAGAUAACAUCUCCAGGUUGUGAAUGGCGUGGAUUCCAGGUCAGCCUCCCAUAACUCUUACCACUCUUAUUGGACUGAUUCUUAGUCUCAUUUUUCUCUGCCAAUGCCUUAUUUAGAAAAAAAGGAAUUCUGUCAUUCCCACUGCCUAGGAGGAUGUGGCAAAUGGAGCGUGGCAGAGUGGUUAUCCAAUCCAAAUAGGCAUUCUUGUACCUCUUUUCAUAUUUGUUUGCUUGCUCAUGAAAAAGGGUCUCAUUCUAGCCCUGGCUGGCCUAGAACUCACUAUGUAGCCCAGACUGACUUUGAACUUGGAGCAAUCCUUCUGCCUCUGCCUCCUCACUGCUUAGAUUGCAGGUGAGACAACAUGCCUGACCAAACAAGUUUUUCUAAAGCAGAGUUUUGACAGGGCCAUAUUAAAAUUACUUUCUUCCCCUCUACAGAACAGUUGAACUUGGAGAGUUGCACUGAUGAGUGUAUUUGGUCUACACAAGAGACCGUUCAUGAGUGUGUAAGUAGACUUCCAAAAGCUAGCUGAUGCACAGUGACAAAGACACACUUGACUUUGUUAAUGAUACUUGCAAAGGCUUUCACAGCAGGCAUUUCCAGUUCUGUUCUCAGGCUCCUUGAAGCUGCUUCUCUCAAAGUGUCCUCUCUCCCAAGGGCUGGUGAUGGUCAGAAGCAAGAUGUUCUAUUUGUCAUCUAACUCAACACAUGAAUUAAGAAUGCUAGUUCCCCCACAUCCCAGUCCUAAGAGUGCUGCAUGCACCAGGCUGGACCAUUUCUUCUGCCAUCUUUGUGGUUUUCAUUCCUUCUUGAGAAUACAUUGGAGACUGUCCUGCCGUAAUUUUCUUUCUGCAAAUAUCUUAGCCCCUAAGCUACGGUCUUAAAAAGUAGGACAAGGGUCACAAAUAAAGUGCCAUACAGCAUUAGACAUUCAGACAUGGGAAGUAUUAAGUUAGGGUGUUACGAAGAUGUUAUGUCACAGGUACAUUUUUAAAAGGCACUUAACAUUUGGGUCUUGAUUGAAAUCAUUCUUACUCCAGCAGAGUUGGCAGAGAAGCAUCUGGUAGCAGUGUUAGUGGUCUAUAAAGUACAUAGUUAUGUUCCAAUGUCCAAAAAAUUCCCAGAGAAAAAAAUGUCUGACACCUUUAAUGAAUUACCUUCAUGCAUAACUUUGACACUCUGGAAUUAUGUAUGUAUUGCAUGAUUGGUACCUUAAGGGAAUAACCCCAUGUUAGGGACAGGCUUUAACAAAGAAACUUUAGGGUCAUAUUCAAGCCCAUGGAGUUAAACUUUAAACACACUGUAUAUGAGAAACUCUCAUAUAGGAUUCUACUGAAGUAAAUAAAGAACCUGGAAUAUAGAGACUACAGAACGUCUUCACCAUCUAGGCUUUCAAAAUCAAAGACACCUUAUCCACAACUGGACCUAUACAGAAAAGCCAAACAAACAGUUGUAAAUUGAUUUGAUUAUAUGGCUAAUAGUUAAUGAGAGUUCAGUGGUCAUUUUUAAUACAAAAGCAGCUUAAUAAUACUUAGUAUUUAUACAGCUGCCCAGAGUAUCUUCUAAAAUCCAUUCUCCACCUACAUGACUGCUAUAAACAAUGGCUUUUAUUUAGAGGGUAUAGGUAGUCCCCAUCCCAUUACUUAGAUGAAAUAUAUUGUUGUGAGUUUUCAUGCCACCUCUACAAAUUUAUGUUUAGUGAAAAGAGGGAAGGCUGGAGCUCUCACUAUUCUGCUACUCAUGGCACUACAGGUUUGAAUAUUCCCAUACCAGUGCUUAAGUAGUGGUGGUAUUUUUGACCAGCCACAAAGAUCACUUCUCAUCUGAGAUGCUACUAUUUUCAGUAUAUUUUUUAGUAGUUCAGAACACAGUCAGUAUCCUGAAUAUGGUCCAUGUGGAUCAUUAUGCACAGUGCACAGAAACUUCCUUACAGUAACACUUAGAAGAAUUGAGAGCUGGAGUAAGACAGUGGGCAGGGAAACAUAUUUUAUUUUUCCUCCCACAUUAAGCUGCAAAUAAUGAGCACUUUCCUGUGCAUUGCAGUAAGCAAUUAAAAGAAAUUACAGAGUUGGAUGCAAGCAUAACCCGAAGGACAACUGGAUGUGUGGAACCACCAGUUUUCUCCAUGUGCCCAGGCUAAUCCUCGUUAAGACUCAGAACAUUGAGUUUCUACAGAAUGGGUUGCAUGUCCAUACAUGUUUUGGCAUCUACCCACACACUUUUAUAUGGUAUGACUGUGCAUCCCAGGAGAAAGGCUGUGGUGUGUGCCUCUGUGCCUCAGUAGAGGAGAACAAACUGCUGAAAAUGGUGUCAUUCCACCAGGUGAGAAGAGUGAUGACCAUCCUUUUCCUUACUAUGGUUAUUUCAUACUUCGGUUGCAUGAAGGCUGCGCCCAUGAAAGAAGCAAACGUCCAUGGACAAGGCGGCUUGGCCUACCCAGGUGUGCGGACCCAUGGGACUCUGGAGAGCGUGAAUGGGCCCAGGGCAGGUUCGAGAGGUCUGACGACAUCACUGGCUGACACUUUUGAACAUGUGAUCGAAGAGCUGCUGGAUGAGGACCAGAAGGUUCGGCCCAACGAAGAAAACCAUAAGGACGCGGACUUGUACACUUCCCGGGUGAUGCUCAGCAGUCAAGUGCCUUUGGAGCCUCCCCUGCUCUUUCUGCUGGAGGAAUACAAAAAUUACCUGGAUGCUGCAAACAUGUCAAUGAGAGUCCGGCGCCACUCUGACCCAGCCCGCCGUGGGGAGCUGAGCGUGUGUGACAGUAUUAGUGAGUGGGUCACAGCGGCAGAUAAAAAGACUGCAGUGGACAUGUCGGGUGGGACGGUCACGGUCCUGGAGAAAGUCCCGGUAUCGAAAGGCCAACUGAAGCAAUAUUUCUACGAAACCAAGUGUAAUCCCAUGGGUUACACGAAGGAAGGCUGCAGGGGUAUAGACAAAAGGCACUGGAACUCGCAAUGCCGAACUACCCAGUCGUAUGUUCGGGCGCUUACUAUGGAUAGCAAAAAGAGAAUUGGCUGGCGGUUCAUAAGGAUAGACACUUCCUGUGUAUGUACACUGACCAUUAAAAGGGGAAGAUAGUGGAUUUAUGUUGUAUAGAUUAUAUUGAGACAAAAAUUAUCUAUUUGUAUAUAUACAUAACAGGGUAAAUUAUUCAGUUAAGAAAAAAAUAAUUUUAUGAACUGCAUGUAUAAAUGAAGUUUAUACAGUACAGUGGUUCUACAAUCUAUUUAUUGGACAUAUCCAUGACCAGAAAGGAAACAGUCAUUUGCGCACAACUUUAAAAGUCUGCAUUACAUUCCUCGAUAAUGUUGUGGUUUGUUGCCGUUGCCAAGAAUUGAAAACAAAAAGUUUAAAAAAAAUAAUAAAUUGCAUGCUGCUUUAAUUGUGAAUUGAUAAUAAACUGUCCCUCUUUCAGAAAACUGACAAAACAAAAAAAAAACAACAAAAAAAAUACAAAAAUCUGAACCAAAACAUUCCGUUUACAUUUUAGACACUAAGUAUCUUCGUUCUUGUUAGGACUCUGUUUUACUGCUUUCGACUUCUGAUAGCGUUGGAAUUAAAACAAUGUCAAGGUGCUGUUGUCAUUGCUUUACUGGCUUAGGGGAUGGGGGAUGGGAGGGGAAUCUUUCUGUUUGUUUUGUGUUUUAUUUUGUUUGUUUGUUUGUUUUGUUUUUUAGUUCCGCCAGGAGUAGGGAUGGAGAAAAUUUCUUCAGUAUCCAUUCUGGUUGAUAAAACGUUAUAUUUGUAUGUUGUAAAGAUGUUUGCAAAAUCCAAUCAGAUGACUGGAAAGUGAAUAAAAAUUAAGGCAACUGAAUAAAAUGCUCACACUCCACUGCCCAUGAUGUAUCUCCCUGGUCCCCAGAUCCCUCUUCUGGCAUGGGUCAGGGAAAGCUGCUUUUAUUGGAAAGACCCGAAUUUGUUCAAAGUACACUCUUCCCCUCCCUCCUCCUCCUUGGGUCCCUUCUUUUUGCUUUGUUUUAUCUUAAGAAAGAAAAUUUAGUUGCGCGAUUUGAAAUAUUUUAUCACCACUGUGAACAGAUGAUCAUAUCAUGGCACUCAAGGAAAAGAGCGAUUUUGUUUUUGUUUUUGUUUUUCCCCCCAAAGAGAAAAAUAAUAAGAAUAAAUAACCCAAAGUAUUCUCUUUUUUUAAGUAAGUGGUAAGCAUUGGGUAAAUCAUAAUAAGGCCUAACAAUGUUUUUGCAGGUAAAGGUUACUAAAUACAGCCAGACACUUAGAUCGGAGCAAGAAUCCACACUGCCAUUGAAAUUCGACUGAAUGGCCCUGUGGAAGCUAAGUGGAGCUGACAUUUCCUGGCAAUGUAGGAGGAAUUUCUGAGUGGCCAUCCUGAGGUCUAGGUGGAGGUGGGGAAUGGUACUUGAGACAUUCCUAAAGGAAGGUACAGACACACCCUUCAGAGUAGGCUCUGGAAUGAUGUGUCAAGUUGCUUAGAUCUCCUGCUUUAAGUGCCUACGUUACCUAACAGUGCUCAAGAGGUUCUCCAUUGGAGAACCACACUCAAAUCCAUUUAUGCCCUCCAUCCCGUUCCUAAAUAAUUGUGUAUAAAGUUCGAUUAACCUGGAGCGGGUUUGGAUCCAAAUGUGGCAUUUAUGAUGAUGAGUUUAAUGCAAUGUGAUAGAAAAUGUUUGCUACGGGGAUACUUAUUUGCUUUGAACCUAGACUUCAGGAAGCCUAGGUUUUAUUUUUUGAGUCUUUUGAGACUUUUUGGUAAAAGGAAAAGGCACCAAAACUCAGACAGAAUUAUCAAGUCUGGAAAGGCUAGAAAUUCUGUGCAGAGACAAGACUGAAUGAAGAUGCUUUGCACUGUGGAAGAGGCAAGAACACAGGAGAAAAUUUUGCUCCCGGGAAGAGCAUAGAAACCUCCUGCAAUUCUGUCUGUUCAUGGUGAGGGUCCCUUCUGUAUUUUGCCCUUUGGGGUUAGAAGUCAAGUUGGUAGCCUGAAUGAAUGGACCCAGUGAGAGGUAGUGUUAAGCCCAUUUCCCUAUCCAGCCUUCUUCGAAGCGUGAAUGUGUUAGUGGUUACUUACCUGGGUUCCUGAGCAUCAGAAAAGGAGGCAAACAAUUGCUUCAUCUUAGGAGGGGGAAGGAUGAACAAAAUGAAUGUCCACUGUGACUCAGGGAAUGAAGAUACCAUCAGCAAACAGUUUCUUUUUGUCCAGUCUUUCCUUUAGAACUAGUCUGUGUUUUGGAGUACCACUGAAUACCUGUCUUUGAAAGAAAGACUUUAUGUAGCAUAGAUUGUUUUGUGCCGUUUGACAACAUUAAUCUUUGUCAUUGUUUUUUAACCUACUAAGGAAUGCUUGGACUAUCUGCUAUAUGUUAACUUUUCACAGCUUCAUUCUGAGAGACAUCAGUCGAACAAACAAAAGACUCCCCAUCACAGUCUUAACAGUAUUCCAAAGGCCAGGUCUGUUAAGUGGCUUCAUAGGAGACACUCAGCAACUGUGUGGUCAGUGGCUCCCUCUCUUACCCAAUAAGAUACAUCAUAGUUACAUGUUUGGUGGUUUAUGUUGACUUGAGAUUUAUUUUUAAAAUCUCUUCUCUGUUUCUGUUCGUUCUGGUUCUGGUUCUGUUCUGUUCUGUUUUGUUUUUAAAGUCUUGCUGUGGUCUCUUUUUGGCAGAAAUGUUUUCAUGCAUGGCAGCAGACCUGUUGCUUUUUUUAUAGUGAUUCCAUUGAAACUGUAAGUAAAUGUCUGUGGCCUUGUUCUCUCUAUGGUAAAGAUAUUAUUCACCAUGUAAAACAAGAAAAAUAUUUAUUGUAUUUUAGUAUAUUUAUAUAAUUAUGUUAUUGAAAAAAAUUGGCAUUAAAACUUAACCACAUCA